CUAUGUGGUUUAGUUUGUGUGAUUUUGGCUGGCGUCUGGGGUGGACUCGUUCGUGGCGGAUUUGAUUGGAACAGUUCAAUUAACCUGAUGAACUUCCAUAUUCUAUUUAUGACAAUUGGAUUCGUGUUUUUGUAUGGUUUUGCAAUUCUUAUUUUUCGGGUGGCCCGUUCAGCGCCGAAGAUGCCGCUGAAAAUUGCACACGCUAUUCUCCUCAUUUUGGCCCUGGUCUUUGCUGCGGUGGGUUUGAGAGCUGCUUACGAGAAACGCAAAGAUAGACCACCAAUAAUUCUUUAUUCAAUACACAGCUGGCUCGGGAUUCUUGCUUUUAUUGGCUUUGGGUUACAGUGGGUCAUUGGUUUCGUCUUCUUUCUGAUUCCACAAACACCGAUUCCACUACGUUCGAUCUACUUGCCAUUUCAUACCAUUUUCGGUCCCAUUAUUUACGGACUGAUUAUCCUGGUAUGUCUCACUGGAAUAACUGAAGUCCAAUUGUUCUUUGGAAACUACCAAAAUCUCCACGAUCAUGCGAUGAUUGGCAAUUUCUUGGGGUUAUUCAUUGUCCUCUUCGGUGCACUCGUUUUCUUUCUGGUCACCUAUUCUCCGUUCCGUCGAGUUGAAGUGCCACCAACAAAGACUGCCCUCGAGAAUGGUUUAGGACCAGUCCCAAAAGCUCGAAAUGUACCAGAAAGCACUGGUGCGGUUCCUCGCAGCCGACAAUGCUCUGAGCCAACAGCGUAACUGAUUGAUUUGUUUUGAUAUUUCUUUUGAGUUUUUGCGGACAAUCCAAUUAUUUAUAUGUGCCGUAUUUUAUUCAUGCUCUAUUGAGUCUGUUGAUUUUAAUGAGCUUUUUACAUGUCCUGUAUUCUGAUUACGCUUAAAUUUGCUUUAGACUCACAUAUGCUUG